AUGGGUAUCUCGCCGACCCAGUUUGCCGUCACCUCCAGGCAAUCGGCCAAUUGGUCCGACGCCAAGCGAAGGGUGCUUGCGGCAUAUCGAAAUUGGAUUCGGGCUGCGCCUGAAAUUCAAACGAUGUAUUCUAUUCCGCACCCCGUCUCGGCCAUCCGAUCCCGCGUCCGACAGGAGUUUGAGCGCCACAGAUUCGUCAACAAAUUGCCCGUCGUCGAUAUUCUUCUUCUAAAAAGCAACGCCGACUAUCAAGAAACGAUGAAUUUCUGGCGCCAGACGAACCACAUUAUGGCCUUCUUCAAGGAGGAGAGCUUCAGGGGAGAGAAGAGACUGCCGUCAAAUUUCAUUGAAGGGUUUCUCGAGGGCCGCAACUAG